GCGAGUGGAAGAUAAACUUGAUGCUGUGAAGAUCCAGUCAGAGCUUAUCAUGAUCCGGAUGAAAGAAGCCCCAAGUCAGAAGCAUGUCCCUCUACAAUUUGCUGCAUGGAUCUGUAUGCAAGAAGGUACUGUUGCAGACAAUAUCUUUGCCUCUUCUCAGCUUUUGGCGGACAGGUGCACUCGCACGAACAUCAGCUGGCUCCCAGAGAGUUCUUACAUUGUGCCGGCAGCUAGCAAGGACAUGGUUCCAUCAUCUGCUGACACCAGGUCCAUGUCGGCUUUCCAGGAAAGCGCUCAGUACCUGGCUAGCAGCGAGGUCCCGGAGCAGAUUUUGUCCAGCCUGCUGGCAAAAGUCGACAUUCCUGCUGAAGCAGUGCUUGGGCUGAUCAACCUAAGCCCUUACGAUGCAUGGUUGGAAUGGACCGCCCACUACUGGCCCAAAAGCCACCCAGGGGUCCGCAUUCCGAGUCUUUCACUGAGCAAGUCCUUGCACAUCAUCGAGUACUGUCAGCGAUCAAUUGCAUUGAAGCUUAUGGAGGAAUGGAAACGCGGAAACCAUAUGAUGGGAUCCAAAGUGCCGAAGUACCAGCCAGAGUGCCCAUCUUUGGAGGAAGUGAACUUAAAGAAGUAUCCAUUGCAGGUCGCCAAGAUCGAAACGCUUCCGGGAAAGUCUGGUUGGGCAAAGUACAAGAUUUCCCUGCCUCAGAGUUUUCGCAUGCUACAUUACAGCGAUGUGCUGUACGGACCAAAUUGGAGGGAGCUGAUUUCAGACUUCGACAAACGGUUUGAAGGCAACCUGGUUCCUGACAGUCUUUCUGUGUCUGCCGCGCCUGAGUCUUUGCCAGAGACAGAGAGCAAUCUCCCGCCCUGGCAAGAGCCAACUUCGAUUCAGGAGCUGACAGAUAUGUACCAGAUUGAAAACAAAUACGCAGGCCGCACUCCUGGGACGACACUCUACCUAGUCCAGGCAGAAGCAAGGAAUGGGGAUGCCCGUGAGAUUGUUGAGGGCCAGCGCUUCAAGCUUUUCAUGGCAGCACACACCACGCUGGAAAUCCCGAUCAACGAGUUCCAAUUGGGUCAUUCGUCGUCCAAGUGGCAGUCAGCUGCCAAAGUCGCUGCUAUGAAGAGGGAAAGCAAAUCAGGCGAGCUCAGAUCCUUUUGA